AUGAAGGAAGCGUUUGUACUACCGACAGCGCUUGUCAAUGUGCAAACCAUCGACGGUGGAUUUUUGAAGGUUCGUGCUUUGAUUGACUCGGGUUCUGGAGCAUCAUUGAUCACAGAAGCCUGCGUCAACAAACUCAGUAUUCCUCGUACAAGCGGAAAAGUAGCGGUCUCUGGACUAGGGCAGCAGCAUGCAGGGACAACUCGUGGAGUCGUAAAGCUUAUCAUGGCAAAUCGGUUCAACGAAACGGUAAUUCUACGAACUAGUGCGUUCGUAAUGGGUAAGCUGACGUCAACGUUGCCUGCUCAACGCGUCGAGGUGAACACGAAGCUGUUGGAGAAGGAGAUUCAGGAAACGCUAGCGGAUCCGGCAUUCAACCAGCCGGGGCCAAUCGAUAUAAUUUUGGGUUCGGAUGUCUUUCUUGCUAUUCUCCAAUCGGGGCAAGUCAAGGACAAAUGCGGUACUUCUGUGGCCCAGAACACGAUAUUUGGGUGGAUCGUAUCUGGUAAUCAAGCUAUCUAUACGACAGAUGUACCUAACAAUUUCUCCAUCAUCAAUCUACAUGCCGAGGUGGACAUCAACCGCACAUUGCGACAGUUUUGGGAGCAGGAGGAGGUUCCAAAGCCACAACAGCUUACUCCUUCGGAACAGGCGGCGGCUGAGUUCUUCCAGUCCACACUCUCUCGGGACGAUUCGGGACGCUUCAUCGUGCGACUUCCUUUCGACGAUUCGAAGCCUGCGUUGGGAGAGUCACUCACGGCAGCCAUCAAACGGUUGAGAUCGAUGGAGAAACGUUUCGACCGGAAUCCAGAAUUCCACAAGCAGUAUUCGGAUUUUAUCGAAGAAUACCUCGCUCUAGGCCAUAUGGAGGAGGUACCGGAAAACGAAGUAAGCGUGAAGGCUAGUGAAAGUUUCUACCUCCCCCACCAUGCAGUGAUGAAAGCAGAGAGCACGACGACGAAACUUCGGGUAGUUUUUGAUGCCUCCAGUGCGUCCGAAUCUGGUGUGUCUCUCAACGAUCGGCUCUUAGCCGGACCAAACGUGAACCAGGAACUCUUCUCUGUUCAUUUGCGUUUUCGGUCAAAUGAGGUGGCGUUCGCAGCAGAUGCGGAAAAGAUGUUCCGUCAAGUAUGGAUGCAUCCACUAGACAGAGAUUACUUGCGGAUUGUAUGGCGUAAGAACUCAAGUGAGCCAAUCAAACAUUAUCGUCUCUGUACUGUCACAUACGGGACGAAGUCUGCACCAUACCUAGCAAUUGAAGCCAUGAGACAAGCAGCGAAGGAUUACAGCUCGAUGUAUCAAGGCGCAGCGGAGAGGAUUGUUUUGGAUAUGUACGUCGACGAUUUCCUAUCAGGUGCGAAGAACAUGGAUGAAGCAAGGGAGCUAAAGAACCAAGUUAUCGAGAUCAUGAAAUCGGCGGGAUUCAACCUACGUAAAUGGACAUCCAAUCGUUCAGAACUUCUACGAGAUGGGGAAGAUGCAGAGCAAGCACCAAUAGACGUUAAACUGGCGGAGCAUCCAGACGCUGUCAAGGCACUAGGGAUACAGUGGCUGCCUAAGGAAGACGUCUUUUCCUUCAAGGUUAGUCUCUCACCAGAUAGCGUGAAUAGUAAACGUCAGUUACUCUCGGACUCUUCACGGCUGUUCGAUCCAUUUGGAUGGCUGUCUCCAGUGAUUGUGAAGGUCAAGAUUAUGUUUCAACAACUGUGGUUGAGUGAUAUUUCCUGGGAUGAUCCACUUCCUCCUGCUAUCGAGACAAUGUGGAUAGAUAUUAAGGAAAACCUUCACCUCGUCGAACAGAUUCGCAUUCCACGAUUCAUCGCGAGCUUCAACGGCAAGGUAGAGUUACAUGGGUUUUCGGAUGCUUCCGAGAUGGCGUACGGUGCUGUGGUGUACAGCAGAGCAAGAGACGAAGAAGGAAACAUUUUGGUGAACCUCGUGGCUGCAAAGACAAGAGUGGCGCCGAUUAAACAAGUUUCGCUGCCCCGAUUGGAGCUUUGCGCAGCAGCCUUACUGGCAGAACUUAUGCAGCGAAUUACUCAAGCACUCUCCCAUCUGGAAGUGGAACAUUGGGCGUGGACAGACAAUACUAUAGUUCUUCAGUGGUUGCCUGCUCAUCCUCGCAAGUGGAAAACGUACAUAGCCAACCGUACUUCUGCGAUCCUGGAUUUCUUACCUCGUGAUCGCUGGAACCACGUGAGCGAUCAAGACAACCCAGCGGAUUGUGCAUCUCGUGGUUUAACUCCAGGUGAACUUGUAUCGUUUGAUUUGUGGUUUAACGGACCGCAGUGGUUAUGCAAGGAUGAAGAAUUUUGGAAUGCUGAACUCUACGAUCCAGUCGACGAUGAAAACCUGUUGGAAGUGCGGAAACUCAAGGUACUGCAUACCAAUCCGAAAGCUACUCGAGACAACUACGACGUCGAGCGGGAAUUGAUUGAACGGCGAUCAAGCUUCAAUUUGGUUGUUCGAGCACUUGCGUAUGUAAAUAGAUUUGUGCAAGCUACCAAGGGAAUGGAAUGUGAACCUACGCUGACACCCGGCGAACUGUAUGCGGCAAAGGCGCAGAUAGCUAGAACUGCACAAUUCUAUGUGUACAAGCAGGAAAUGGAAUUACUCGCAAAGGAAAAGGAGUUGCCGGCCAAGAACAGAUUGUCAGCACUACACCCUUUCCUGGACAAUACUGGAACGAUGCGCGUGGGAGGCCGUCUUCAGAAUUCUCCCUACUCAUUCGAUGUGAAACAUCCGAUCAUUCUCCCACGUGACCAUCGAGUAACGGAACUUCUUCUGAGAGAACUUCAUCUGCAAAAUCUCCAUGCGGGGCCCACUCUGCUUACAGCUACAGUAAAUCAGCAGUACUGGGUGAUCGGACUACAGGCAGCAGUACGACGAACAGUUCAAAGCUGUAUUCGAUGCGUAAGAAUGAAGGGACACACGGCCAAUCAGCUCAUGGGCAGCCUGCCUGUGCCUCGUGUAAUGGCAACCCGCGCAUUUACCCACGUUGGCGUUGACUACGCCGGCCCAUUCAAGAUUCAUGCGCUGUGCGUUAGAGGAGUCAAAGUCACAAAAGGUUAUUUGGCGGUUUUUGUGUGCAUGUCGACUAAGGCUGUACACUUGGAGGUUGCCAGUGAUCUCUCAAGCAAUGUGUUCAUCGCCGCGCUUAAGCGAUUCAUCGCUAGACGCGGAUAUCCAAACGAAAUCUGGUCCGAUAAUGGGACAAAUUUCGUGGGUACCGACCGUUGGCUGCACGAAUUGCAACGUACUCUGGAGAAUAACAGUAAGACAGCAGGACAUUUCCUCUCUAAUCUGGGCAUCAAAUGGGUUUUCAACCCUCCGUCCUCUCCGCAUCGAGGCGGAAUAUGGGAAGCAGCUGUUAAAAGCGUCAAGAAGCACCUCUUGGCAGUACUUGGUUCGGAAGCACUCACCUACGAAGAACUUGCAACGAUUUUGGCUCAAGUCGAAGCAUGCCUAAACUCAAGACCCCUCUGUCCACUAUCGAGCAAUCCUGAUAGUUACGAAGCUUUGACACCCGGUCAUUUUUUGAUUGGUCAACCGUUGAAUCUCAUUCCGGAACCUGAUGUGCAGCAUAUCCCAUCCAACCGCCUGGAUAAAUGGCAGCUUGUGCAGAAAUACUCCGACGAAGUUUGGAAGCGAUGGCGGGACGAAUAUGUGGCUACGCUGCAACCGCGUACUAAAUGGCGAGUUACGGAAACGAAUGUUAAAGAGGAUCAACUGGUGUUGGUGAAAAAUGAGAACGCUCCGCCGGCUCAAUGGGAGUUGGCACGCAUCGUUAAGCUUCAUCCAGAUGCAGCUGGAAUCGUUCGGACUGUUACCUUGCGGCGUGGUCAAGCUGAGUACCAGCGUCCGGUACAGAAGGUCUGUAUCUUGACAUCGGAUUGA